CAUGAGUAGACGCCUGUCUAUUCCAGCUAGGCUUCCCUUCCCGGGCUUGAGUAGGCAAUACCAUGUCUUCCUUAAUAUAUUAUCAUUUUCCUAUUGAAAAACGCUGUUUACAGUUUAUACUCUGUUGUUGAGCAGUUUUUAAAGUCGUUGUACACUUUUGUUAUGAUUGUUGACGUUCGUUUUUAAAAGCAAACCACGAAGAAUGGCAACCUUAUCGGAAAGACAGAUAUCGACGUUGGUGAGCCACCGCGAGCGGGCGCUAUGCUCGGAGCGGUCGGUUCGCGCGGUCGCCCGCGUCGGUCAGGCGGUCAACUUGGCCGUCGAGCGAUUCGUCACCGUCGGCGAGACCAUUGCCGACGACAACCCAGAGAUCAAGACUGAAAUGUACAUUGCCUGCAAAGAAGCACGGGCUGCAGGUGCUGCAAUCGAGAAACUAUGCGAGGCGGCCCUGGAGGACUCACUGACCGACCGCAGUUCUGUAGUGAGGGCGGCCCGAUGUCUGCUCAGCUCAGUCACGAGGGUCUUGUUGCUCGCUGACAUUGUCGUCGUUAAACAGCUCCUACUAGCCAAGGAUAAAGUAGCGCGGAGCCUGGGCCGUUUGGAGAGCGUUACUAACUUCACGGAGUUUGUGAAGGCGUUCAGUCAGUUUGGGGGGGAGAUGGUGGAGUUGGCACACCUGACCGGCGACCGCCACAACGACAUGAAGGACGAGCGACGCCGGGCGCAAAUGGCUGCCGCGCGACAAGUGCUCGAGCGGUCCACAAUGUUGCUGCUCACCUCUUCCAAGGCUUGUCUGAGGCACCCGGACAGCACUUCGUCACGCGAGAACCGCGACACGGUGUUCUGUCAGAUGCGCCGCGCCAUGGACCUCAUUCACUUUGUGGUGAAGGACGGCGUGUGCGACGGUGGAGGCGGAGGUGGCGGUGGAGGCGGCGUGGUGGAGGACUGGGACGCUGGCCGUACAGUGGGUGCGGCGGUUCGACACCUGGAGAGCCUCGUGGACAUGACGCGGAUGACCCUGCUGACCCCCACCACCAAGGAGAGCCUGAGCGCCGCACUGGACACCAUCGUGGAGCGCACGCAGGACUUCACCGACUCUGCCUACACCAGUCACGAGCACCGUGAGAACAUACUCAUGCUCUGCGACCGUGUCAAGCUGCAGCUCAACCAGCUGUUGCGGGUCGGAGUCAGUUUGGAAACAUCGGACGAAUACUCGCCGACACACGAGAUGGAGUCGGCGGUGGUGAGCUGUCUGAAGGCGACACGCGACCUGCGCGCGCAGCUGCAGGCGACCGCCACGGAGCAGACGCGCGACCUGGCUGCUGUGCUGCGCGGCGGCCACGACUUGGUUGCACAGAUGCGCAACACGGCGCUGGCCGCCGUAGACCAGGACCGGCUCGAACAGACCGCCGACCGAUUUCACGAGUUUGUCGACCAUUUGCUCGAAAUUUGUAAGCUGAUGCGUCACGUGGCCAGCUCGGAAACACUACAGGUGUCGGCCAGGUAUGCCGAAAUCAAUUUGCGGAUAUACGGACCUCAGGUGGUCACUGCGGCUCACACACUAAACCAGCAUCCUACCUCAAAAAUCGCCAAAGAAAAUUUAGAAGUGUUUGCGGAUAUGUGGCAAGCAUUAAUCAGUGAUGUUAGUACAAUAUGUAAAGAUGUGAUUGAGGGAGAUAGGCAACCCGAAAAACAAACAUACAUGUCUCUGCCUAGGCCGGGGAAACAUGGUACCACCAGCAAACCCCUGAAAGCUGUGAGAUUGGACUUGGAGGAGCAAGAGAAGAUAGCGAAAGCCGGCCUGGAAAUGAAGCUGGCAACGUCGGAGAUGGACGCGGAGACAGAGCGGUGGCAGGAGGGUGCGGGUAGCGGGGGCGGAGGCGGUGGUGGAGGCGGAGCCAAUAUGGCCGCCGACGAGAACAACGACAUAGUGAAGCGCGCACGCAACAUGUCGCGAAUGGCGUUCAGUAUGUACCAGUUCACGCGCGGCGAGGGGCCACUCAAGACCACGCAGGACCUGUUCACACAGGCCGAGUACUUUGCCGAGGAGGCCAACCGGCUCUACAAGGUGGUGCGCCAGUUCUCCUAUCAGGUGCCGAGCAGUUCGCAUAAGAAAGAGUUACUAGAACAGUUGGAUCGAGUUCCUACCUACGUGCAACAGUUGCAGUUCACCGUCAAGAAUCCAACUGUAGGCAAAGCAGCCACCUUCACCAAAGUAGAUAGCGUUAUACACGAAACUAAAAACUUGAUGAGUGUCAUAUCUAAAGUAGUUACUACGUGCUUCACUUGCGCCACUAAGUACAAUCUGGACUUCCGAGGCCUGUCGUCCCGUGGCUCGUCCGGAGGCGGUCUCCGAGAGGACGAGGGUUCGGGCGGCGCCGGGGGCGGCGAAGGCGGCAAGCUGGGCGGCGGCGCCGGCACGGACCCGUCCAUAUGACAGUUCGGGAUGGCUCGGAGAGCCAAGGGAGAUGCUCGUCGCACCCGGGUCUCUUUCCUGCUCUUCUGAGUCAUCCACCAAUCAAAACCAGACAGGGUCGGCAGCCUCUCUGACUCACUCUCUCACUCUCACUCUCUCUUGUCACCUCCCCCCCCCACCCCCACUCAGCAUUGCAUUCCUUUGUUAUACUAUUAUUUACAACGCUGUAUAAAGUUGUUACCAUUCGCUGUUGUUGAUCUCUUGGGCAGCCAGCUUUAAUUAUUGUUGUUGCUGUUUUUGUUUGACUCGUUUUAUUGGGUGACCGGAACUUUGGGACCAUCUAUUUUUCCUCCUAAAGAGGUAAUUGAAUACCAAGUCUGUGGCCUCUUUAGCAAACAAUAGUCGGUUCAUUCGACAGGUUCACAUACUACUGUCACUUAAUCCAAACUAGAAACUCUUUAUUUUCUGAUUGAAUUAGCGGAAAUAAUAAUUUUUAUUUGAUAUGUGAAUAAAUGAAUAUAAGAAGUAUAUUGAAUACAUAUUAAUAUAUAGGUGAAUAGGCCUGCAACUGAAUUGCAAUCACCUGUUGGAGACACCUGAUUUCACCUGCGAAGAGCUGGAGCCAUCCCUUCUUAUGUCGGAACUCUUCAGUCCCAAAAACGUGUCCGUGUUUCGGCUGCCUAAAAAGCAGUCGUUAGAUCAUGUCAGAGGCCCUGAAAUUGAUCAGUUGCGACCUGAAAACUCUGACACCAGAUCUGAGCCAGCCAGGUCACACGAUAUUAUUAUUAUAGUCCCAAAAAGUGUUGGUCCCAAAGUUCGUAGCACCAUUUUAUUUAUUUUAUGCUAUACCAUGAAGCUGUUUUUCCUCUCUAGUCAGUAUAUUUAUGCUUACAUAAUUUCAAAGGAUAUUAAUUUUGUAAUAGGCUCAUUUGAAAAUAAUUGAGCAAUUACUAUUAAUUGUAGUGCAACAUUGUUAAUUUGUUUUAAAGUAUAAUGCCUAACAACUAAAUCUUAGCUUCAAUUUCACUUCAGAGUGGUGACAAAUACUAUUAUGUAAAAACAUUGAUUAAAUUUGUGUCACAAUAAUAUUUUUUCGGCGUUCCUAUAAUCAAGUAUUUUAAGAUCACUGCAUUAUUUGAUGUUUUCGAUAUAAUCUAUGUGUCAUUUAAUGAACUAUUGUGUACAGGGACUUGUUAAAUAAUAGAUUUGACACAUAGUGAGAUAACUACUUAUCAAUUGAAAAGUACAAAUACUAGUAAGUUUGUUACUAGUUGUAUUAUCAUCUUCUGUAAUGCAGCAUGCUUAUCCUUCCUUGGAUUUGAACUACUGAUUGUAUAUAUUUUGAAAGUAAGUUUGCUAUUUUCAUUCAAGCGAAUAAUACAUUAAUGUAAAUAUUUAUGAAUCUUGAAAGCAUGAGUUUAGAUUGCAAAAUGAAUGUUAGUGUUAUUGUAAUCGGAUCGUAUUUAAAUGUAAGAGUUGUGUAGGUUUCAAAGUACAGUGUAUGCCUAGGUGUCUUACGUGUAUAGUUAAUUUAAAUUAUUGAUGUGCUUCCUUCACAUGUUACUCGACGUGAAUAUAUUAUCAUACUUGUAUGAUGCUUACUCAUGUGCAUUCGUUGUAAAUUUAACUAGAUGUUUGUAUAUUAUUGCUGUGUCGGAUUGUUAUUACGCUAAGAAAUUGGAUUUGGAGAUAAUGGCUUGGUUUGUUUUAUUAGGAUAUUGAAAACUAUUGUAAUUGACAAGAGAUGGUUGUAGUGAAGAGAUGGCCUCGGAAGACCAGAUUGAAUACUCAGUGCAAGCGAAUGAUUCCUUCAAUUUAUUUGUUUUAGUAUUACAUCCUGUAUUAUUUAUCAGGUAGAGGAUCAAAUUGUAAAGCUCUGUUUUCCUCCCUGUCAGACUAUUUCAAUAUUUUAUCGAAACGUCUGUCUAGUACUUGUUAAAAUAGGCUCAUUUGAUCCAAUAAGCUCUAGCUAAAUUUAUGUUUCACUCUUAGAAUUAAAUUUUCAAUGAUUUGUGAUUUAUUUUUUGUGAAAUGAAUUUAUAUCCUAUUAGUAUUCAGGGCUUCCUUGAAUGAGCAGAUCUUUCUCGUUUUUAAAAAAUUAUUAUUAAACAAAGAUCCCAAUUAAAUUCUGUAAAUCACCCCCAAGACUUCUGCUUAUUUCCAUUUGUUUCUCGUUUUUUAUAGCAGUUAUGAGGUUUAUGAUAAAUCUUGUUUGAAAUACCACGUCUGCUGAUCCAGUAAAUGUAAUCUGAAUCAAUAGAUGUUACAGCAUACAGAUUCCUUUUACAGCAUACAAGCUUAUAGUAAUAGUAGGUAUUGAUACAAGUCGUAUGUUAUGAAAUAGCGUUUAUAGGUUCCCGAUUAAAUUGUUAGUUUGUCUUUUAACCAAAACUAAUUUGGUUCAUGAUUGAAUUAAUUUAAUCGCUUUCGAAUUUCAAUAUAUAUUGCUUCAUUCAAGCCUUGCAUACUGGUAUAGAUAUGAUUCAUGAAGUUAUUUGUCUAUCUGAUAUUAUUCUAUAUUUUUACAGUAUGUAAUCUAGUUAUUAUUUGAUUGAAUAUAAUUUUUGGUUCAUAGCUUUUGCUAUAUUCUAAACUAGGGGUAAUUCAGGGAUGUCAAUAACAUUUUUUUGUGUAGAAUAGUAGGAAUGUUACCAAAAUAUUACAUGAUUUAUGUACAACAUUUUCGUUUGUGAAUGUAAUAGGUGGGUGGUAUUGUUCUAUAAAACCAUUCAACCAAUCUGACAUAAAUUAGCGUGCAGUACUUUAUAUGGUCGAUUGUUGUUGAGAAUCAGAAAUUAGAUGCUAUAUUUGUUCCAAUCGAUUAAUUAGAGAUAGCGUUGUUUAUAAUGCUUAUUUAGUUACCUAUUUUGUUUAUGAACGGACAGUUUUGUGUUAUUGUUGUUUUUUACCUUUUUAGCUAGUACCCAAAGAAUUCCAAUAUUUUUUUGUAUAUGCAUCACCAAAGUAAAUUGUAGGCAUAGAUAUUUUUCCAAAAAUUAUUUUUAAUAUUCCUGUAGUAUUUAGAUUUUUAGUGUACGUGCUUUAUCCAUAUUUUCGGAUAAAAAUUAGUUGUAAUGCUUUCUUGACAAUUUCGAAUAUGUUUUUACCUUAACAAUCACCAUGUCAAUUUCAUAUUAUCCAUAGCACAAGUUAUUUGUAAGCACAGUCGUUAUUUUUUGUUUGUUUCAAAGGGUUGAAUUCGAAGGUGAAUGUUUACCACUAUUAUAUCCUUUUAGCAUUGAACAGUUUUGAACAUAGUUGUGAUCAUUCUUGAUACUCUUUCUCAAUACUUAUUCUCUGGCACGGUGACUUUACUAUAGAAUCAUUGAAAUUAAAAUAUUGAGAUAGUGUUUUUCCAAUUACUGAAAUUGUUAAUCAGUUAACUCACAUCAUUAAUAGUAUUAGUAUUCUCUAUCCUAUAAUCAACACAAGAAUACUCAUUUUUUAUAUGGUCAACAACCACAUUCAAAUUCAGAUCAGUUACCUAAGAUCAGACAAAAAUGAGCAUGUAGUCAAAAAACAUAUUUAAAACUGUAGAUAUUUUGUGAUUCAACUUGGCUUUCUUGGCCCUCUGUUAUCUUUCAUAAAUUAGAUAAUUAUAAGACUUAUCUCUUGAUUUAGAAGUGGUGAGAUGUGAAUCUGUCUGAAAAUAGAUGUUACAGUGCACUCAAGAAUUCAAUCCUUUGAAUAUUAUUGUUGGGAUUACCUUUUGGUAGCAAAUGAAUUAGACAUUUUAUAAUGUGCCAAUUAGACAUAGCAGAAAACGGUUUAGAUUUUGGUACAAAUUGUUGAUGAGUUCCUCUGUUGAAUAUAUUAUAUAAUAACAUGUUAUUCUAGAUAUUCUAAUUUCCAUAAAAAAUAUGUUUUUCUAUCUGAACCCAUUGUACACAUUUUUAGAUGUAUCUUGAGGAGAAAAUGUACGUUUUUGAUUGUUAUUUUAUGAAUUUUUUGAAUCUCUGGCGUAUCGUUCAUUCAAAAUAUAUCCUACCUAAAUUACAAUGCACAAUCAAAAUAAACACCUUCAUAAAUGCAGACCACCAUGACUGCUCUAAAUUAUCUAGAAUUAGUUCUUAAGGUGUGCUACAAUCAUUUCUAAAUCUUGAAUAAUUAAUCUACCUUAAUUAUCCAACAAUCAAAUUUAUAUAGUAUCUUAAUCUGUAUUUCUUCCAACUAAAUUCCUGUAUGGCUCAAUUUUAUUUUUGUAAACUUUUUGUUACAAUGAAUUAGUCAUCUGAGUAGACGUGUAUUAAUCAUUGUAAUUAGUGUAUUGAACUCCUCAUUAAUAUUUCCAGACUUUGAUAGAUUAUAUUGAAGAUACAAUCAAUUGCAUUUUAUUAUCCUUCUAGUUUGAUACCUCGAAAUUACAAAGUUAAUGAGCUGACUGAAUUUUAUUAUUUAUAACCUAUAUUGUUACAAAUGUUUAUAAUCUAGUGUUAAUCAAAAUAAUAUUGUUAUGGUGCCGAAUCAUGUUAGAAGGUGAAGCGGAGUUGUUUUUUAUUUUUGUGAAGUCUUAGGGUUGGAAUAAGAGAAUGCCCUUGUAAGAAGUAGAAUGAAGCAUAGUUUUUGUAUAUUUGUGAUUCUAAAGCAGGGUGUGAAUUAUAGAUAUUUUAAUAAUAAUAAUAAUUGUAAUAGUAUUACAGUAAUCUAGUUGUGUGGUUAUAUUAAUGUGACGGCAUCCCUUGUCCUUAUCUUAUUCCCCCUACCUGUUAAACAUAGAACUUUUCUAUAUUGGAAACGUGUUGCCUAAUAUUGUCAAUCCAUCUUUUUUGAGAAGUAUUAUUGUAGUUUACGUAAAUGUAAGUUUGAGAUGUGUGUGUAUAUUCGUUUGUGAUUUGUCCUUUGCGCUCUUUGAAUGUAAUUUUCUCAGAUCUAAUUUUGUGCAAUGUGUUACAUAUUUAUCGAUGUAUGAACAACACUCAUAAUUCACACAAAUUAUUGUGAUUGUGUAGUAUGUGAAACAGGUAUUAUCAUGACGGUAUCAGUUGAGAAAGUUAUAGCCAAACUAAAAUUAAGAAUAUUUAAGACAUUAAUUAUAAAACACCAACUAGAUUUCUCUCUAGUUGUAAUCAGAAUUUGAUUAGAGGCUUAUUACAGUACGUAUUUUCAAUAUUUUUCAACUCCCAAUAGUAUUCUGCUGAUGCACUCAAGAAUCAUGGAACUCUCCUUGGUUUAGAGCUCUGUAGAAUUUCAAAUCUAUGGUCCGGUCGCGCAAAAGUAUCAAAUUUCAACAGGGAUUAAAUGCCUCGAGAGCCAAUCAGAGAAGGCUUUUUUGAAAAUAAGGCUACUCUGAUUGGUUCUCGUGUUCACCUGGUUUCUGGUUCUGGUUUGACCGCCAUUAAAAUUUAACACUUUUGUGCAACCGGGCCUAUAUGAUAUUAUUAUUAUGGUUCUUUAAAACAUAAUCUACAUUUUUUUAUCCUAAUCGAAUGAUCAUUUUCAAUCUCCAAUUGAAUUAUAGAAACCUCUAAUAUGAAUAUUCAAGUAAUAGAAAUAUUUUUCUGCUUUAUAUAUCUUUUUUCCUUUCAAGUUAUAAAACUUUUAUUCUAUAAAUAUUAAAUAAUUCACUUUGUAAAUUCAUGCUUUGUGAAAAAUGUUAACCUUAUGAGAAAUAUGUAUUUUUAAUAUGAAAAUUAAUAUGGCUGUGACCGUUUGUGUAACAAUCUGUUUACUGUACUCCUCUAAUCAGAUUCUGCCUUAGUUAUGGUUACAAAACACUAUUAUACCGCAUGCUAACAUAACCGUUUAAUACUCUGGCAAUUCGUUCCUUUGGUCAAGUUAUUACAAACAGGUACUAAUAGUUGUUUAUGACGACGAUGAUAAUAAUAGAAUUGAUUCCUCAUUUGACAAAUAAUUAGCCUGUCUAUUGAACUACUGCAAUCGAACAUCGUACUGAAUGUGUAUUGAACUUUACUAAAUCGUUUUAUAUGUACUCCAAGAUAAAUAGAUUAGGAAUUCGUAUUACAUUGAUUCAAUGUUAUAAAAGUAAAACUCAAUGUAUAUCGUUGUCUUGGAAUUAGUUGCCCAACCUGAAGUCAAUGCUCCGUUUGCCCAACCUUGAAUACCGUACUGUUAUUGUAAAGCUCUUUAACUUAAUAUAAAUUAUACCAGAGGAUUUUGGUAAAAAGUGGCUACUUUGUUUUACAUAUUAGGGCUCUCCAGCCCUUGAUUAGCUGUCAGAGUGAGUGUGAUUCCAAAGUUUAUUGGUCACCUUCAUUCUACAGCUUUCUUCAAUUAUUUUUAUCUCUUAUCAAGAAAAGAUGACUUCACUAAUUCAAAGUGAUCAGCUAUAUUUGAUUUGCUAGCAACAAUUUAAAAUUUUGGAGCAAUGAAUUAAAGUUUUGAUGAUUACCGAAAUUUUACAAAAAAAUGUAUUCUAAAAAUCUGUUGCUAGCAUAUAUUUAUUUAAAUACUGUUCAAAGUGUUGGAAAUAAAAUUGACAUUGGGUAACUAAUUCUCAAUAGCGCUGUAUAAGUUAAUAGAACAAUAUGAUUUAAAUAAAUAUUUAUUAUGUAUCUAUAAAUAUUAUUCUCAUUCUUCCAACAUAUCAUUUGGUAAAUCAUACCAAAUACUAUGUUUAGUAUAAUUAUCAGUAUAUUCCCUCUGAUAAUUUAUUUAAUGAUAUGUACUCUUGUGAAUGUGAAUUAGAUCAUUGAAAUUUGAAACUAUAUAAUUGACUGUCAUUGAAGUAUUGAUGGUAAAAUAAAUUAUGUAUGUUUUCUGGAUAGUUUUUCGAUUGCUAAUUCAUUUCGAUUCUUAUAAAUUAUACUGUCAUGAAUUGAAAGUUCUGCAAUAAAAGAGAUAUUUUGAUUAAA